AUGAACAACAUUCGCGAAUCCUCGCAGCAGGACCGUAGGGUCUACGUCGGCAACUUGUCAUACGACGUGAAAUGGCACCAUCUCAAGGAUUUUAUGAGACAGGCUGGAGAGGUUCUCUAUGCCGACGUGUUGCUUCUUCCCAAUGGAAUGUCGAAGGGAUGCGGUAUUGUGGAGUAUGCCACGAGGGAGCAGGCACAACAAGCCGUUUCGACGCUGAGCAACCAAAACCUCAUGGGCCGCCUCAUUUACGUUCGAGAGGAUCGUGAGGCAGAGCCAAGGUUUGGCCCCCCAGGUGGUGGUGGUGCUGGCCGUGGUGGGUUUGCCGGAGGCAUUGGCGGUGGCCCCUAUGGUGGUGGAGGUGGCGGCUUUAACCCCGGUCUUGCCGCCGGUGGUGGCGGCGGUGGUCGACAGAUCUACGUCUCCAACCUUCCUUUCAACGUCGGCUGGCAGGAUCUCAAGGACCUCUUCCGACAGGCCGCUCGUGCAGGUGGCGUUAUCCGUGCCGACGUUCAUCUCGGCCCUGAUGGCAGACCCAAAGGUUCCGGUAUCGUAGUUUUCGAAUCUCCCGACGACGCUCGCAACGCCAUCCAGCAAUUCAACGGUUAUGACUGGCAGGGUCGCAUGCUCGAGGUCCGCGAGGAUCGCUUCGCCGGCCCAGCCAUGGGCGCAGGUGGUUACGGCCGUGGCGGCUUUGCUGGUGGGCGCGGUGGCUUCGGUGGCGGAUUUGGCCGUGGUGGGUUUGGUGGAGGACGUGGAGGGUUUGGCGGCGGCGGCUAUGGAGCUCGUGGCGGUUUCAGUGGCGCCCCUGCCGCCGGCGGUUUCCACGAUGCCGGCAACGCAUCGGUCCCGCCAAACCCAUUCACAGACCACGCCACAGGCGGCGUUGAGAAGUGCGACACGAUCUACGUUCGUAACCUUCCGUGGUCGACGAGCAACGACGAUCUGGUUGAACUCUUCUCUACCAUUGGCAAGGUCGAGCAAGCCGAGAUCCAAUAUGAGCCCAGUGGCCGGUCCCGUGGCAGCGGCGUCGUCCGCUUCGACACUGCCGACACCGCCGAGACCGCGAUUGCGAAGUUCCAAGGCUACCAAUACGGCGGCCGCCCUCUGGGUUUGAGCUACGUCAAGUAUAUUACGCCCGGCGGCGGCGGCGACAGCAUGGACACCGAUCCCCACGGCGGCCUCACCCAGGACCAGAUCAUGUGA